AGUUCGCAGUUAGUAUGGCUUCGAGAUGCAAAUCCUGCAGAACAUGUCCGACUAUCAGCAACGUCACCGCAGCAGCGAUACUUCGUUUUUCAAAGUUGGUUUGACGCUGAUCGGAUUUCUGUUCGUAAUCGUACUGAUAGGGAUCACGACCAGUGUGAUAGUGUACCAGAAUAAGCAAAUUUCGGCCUAUGUAUCCAGCACAACUACCAUCGAAAAAUAGACGUUUGCUUGGAAUGAACCUCAUUUGUGUUUUAUUUUGAAUGUCCUUCUGUUGCAAAUGUUGAAAUGUGUUAAAUGUUUUCUGUGAAUUUAAUUUUGUUUUUGAACGUUACAAUGUUGCUGAUCUUAUCAAGAUUGCGAAGAAUGCUUUCAUUUGAGCCAGAAAUCUUCCAGAGGCAGGUUGUAUUCUUUUUUAUAUUCUUGAGCAAGUCAUAAUCAUUUUAAAAAUCCAGAUUUUUAUAUGAAAAACAAAAUUGAAAUGAAUCAAAAAGUGUUCAAAAUAGCUACCUACAAUGGAAAAAUGUUUGGAAUAGCUUUCUUUCUGCUGGUUAAGAUAAAUAGUUACGUGUGUAUGAGUAUUGACCAUGAGGUUUCCCAAGAACAAACAAGAAGCUCAACAAAUCCGCUUGAAUCCAACUGCUCCAUUCCACCGGAUGAAAUGUUGACUAUUACUGUGGCGAAACCAUAUCUUAUCAUCUCUCAGGACUUGGCUACUGGUGUCCAUAAAGAAAGGCUCACCAACUACCAGGAGAAGUGCCCCAUAAUUAUUUUGAAAGCGAUGCUUCAUCAGGCCCUACUGGACUCCGUAGAAAUACAGGUUCCAGACGUCCCGGAGAUGACCGAAAACUUUCAAUGGAGAAGAUGGAUGAUCGAUAAUAUCGAUGGAUUCACCCUGGAGUACAACGUUAAUCGAUGGGUAAUCGGAGGAAUUGUACUGAGAAAUAUUCCAUCCAUUUACAGUUUCACCCCGGCCUUCGUUGAUACUCCAAGUUAUGACGAAGUCGUCUCUCUGAAAGCCACCAAUGACAAGGAAAAUCUAGAAGUUGAACUCGGUCUUGCGAAUGGAACAAUUUUCUUCGUGUCAGAUUUCUCCGGUGAAACUCAGAAGCGAUUCUUCUCAACGGCCAUUAUCGACUUGUUGGAUCUUGUCCGCGAUACUUCAACAACCGAACUUAUCGAAAUCCCUUGGUAUCCGAGAAGACUUAAGCCAAACCCCUGGAAUUGGCUAAGUGAGUUAGCGAUACAAUUCAAGUUGGAGUAUUCGAGGCCAGGGAAGCUCUUCAACUCAGCCAAUAUCCCUUGUAACAGUGGACUUUCGACUAAACUGAGCAAUCUGAUACUUCCGACCUUGGAUGAGAUGCAGUACAGCUACGAGAUAGAGGAUAGACGAAUCACUCUUAGAACCCAGUAUCGCGAUACGUCCAAGUGGUCCUUCCAGUUGAAUGGAAUCGAACUCGAUGAUGCGAAGGAACCGUCCCGAUUUUCUCCAACGAAUGGAACUCUUGUUUAUAAAAAGCUAGCUGAAUCGAGUGGGUGCUAAAUUAUUUGUUUUUAGUUUGGUUCAUAAUUAUUAACAUAAAUAAAAUGAAAUCUAAUUCUAUGUGUUGAUUGAUUCCAUUGU